AUGGCCUUCGACCCGCAUAAUGUCGACUUAGACACGGCGGACCCAGCUGAGAUUGUCUGCUAUCUCAACUCCGAGGGAAACGAAUAUGACGGCCGCAUGGGCGCGCGCAUCUCUGCAAUCUUCGUCAUCCUAAUCGUCUCCUCGGCAGCGACCUUCUUCCCCGUGCUUGCAAAGCGCGCACCCCGCCUCCGAAUCCCACUAUACGUCUACCUUUUUGCGAAAUACUUCGGCGCAGGUGUCAUCAUCGCCACGGCUUUCAUCCAUCUCCUCGAUCCCGCCUAUGAUGAGAUCGGUGGAAACUCCUGCGUCGGCUUGACCGGUCACUGGGCCGAUUACUCCUGGUGCCCGGCCAUCGUGCUCACAUCCCUGAUGGUUGUCUUCCUCUUGGACUUUGGUGCUGAGCGCUGGGUCGAGGUCAAGUAUGGUAUCUGUCGCGAGGACCCUGAGCCGAUGAUGGCGACUCCCAGUGGAGUCGAAGUGCAGAACGAUGUCCGUCGAUCAGUCUCACGCUCUCACUCGCAUGAUAAGCAGGUCAAGGAGAUUGAGUCGCAGUCUGAGGAGCUGCUCAUCGAGCGCUCGUUCAGGCAGCAGAUUGCCGCGUUCCUGAUUCUCGAGUUCGGUGUCAUCUUUCACUCUGUGAUCAUCGGGCUGAACCUCGGUGUUGCCGGUGACGAGUUCCCAACUCUGUAUCCUGUCCUUGUCUUCCACCAGUCCUUCGAGGGUCUUGGUAUCGGUGCUCGGAUGUCCAGCAUUCCCUUCAAGAAGGGUAGCUGGUUGCCCUGGUUGCUGUGCACUGCUUAUGGACUGACCACGCCGAUUGCUAUUGCGAUUGGCCUGGGAUUGCGCACGACUUACAACCCUGGCUCGUUCACUGCGAAUGUUGUCUCGGGUGUGCUGGAUGCCAUCUCUGCUGGUAUCCUGCUGUACACUGGUCUUGUUGAGUUGCUGGCGAGGGACUUCCUGUUUGACCCUCACCGCACUCAGGAUGACAAGCGUCUGACAUUCAUGGUGCUGACCUUGUUGCUUGGGGCCGGUAUCAUGGCGCUGCUUGGCAAGUGGGCCUGA